AUGACUAUUGUUGAAAAUAUCACAGAUACAGACACUCAGCAAGAGCUAUCGGAAAAUAACUCAAAGCGUAUUUUGGCGUUAAUAACUAUCAAUGAUCAGCUGGAAAGUGUCCUGGUUCAUAUCAAAACAAACGGAUUUACGAUCAUUGAUUCGAAACACAUUCAAUUCUCAAAAGAACAAGCAGCACUCUUUUGUCAACCUUGUUUGGAAGAUUCAAAUUUAUGUGCAUUGAUCCUUGAAAAAGAAAAUGCCAUUCAAGAAUGGAAACAAUGGACUGAUCCUAUGGAUCAAAAAGAAGCUCCUCAUCUCAUACCUGCUUUGUUUAAACAACAUGUUGUGUAUGCAAGUGACUCAAAUGUUAGCGCAGAAAGAGAUAUUGAAUCUGUAUUUCAUCAAGUUUCAUCUAACGGUAACGAUAAACAACAAAAGAGUUCUAAUAUUGCAGAAACAAAAGAAACUAAAGGCCAGUCUGAGUUGAGUGAAGAUACAGACAAACUCAUAAAAGACCAUGAACAAGUAAUCAACACAACAGAAAGCAACCACAACAAGGGCCAAGUGCACGAUACAACCAAUGAGCAACAAAAUGACGUAGAGAAAGAGAAGGGAAAGCAAGAUGCUUUUAUAAAAAAGAAUGUACAAGUACAUCCUUCAAGUUCUCGACCUCGAAUACCUGUUAGAAUCAAACGAAAUCAAGUGAAUGUCCCUAAGCAGCCAACCGUAACAGCUCAGCCUCUUGUUAACAAGACAACCAAAAGUUCGCGUAUUGCUAGACUCAGCAUGCCAGUCAAGGAACCCACGAAACCAAUGGAGAAAGUAGCAGUAACUCGAGUCCUUCCACGUGUUGCCGCCUUAUCAAAUCAAAAGCUAUCGUAUCCGUCACCAACCAAAGAUGGACAGGCCAAGAAGAAAACCAUGCCAACCAAGGCCUUUAUCUCUCGCUUAACAGCUCCUACUGUUGCCAGUGCAAACAAGAACACCAAAAAAAUGCCUACAGAUGUACAAACACGUCAUUAA